CUGCAAGACCAAGCGAGGCCGGAGGCAGCAGCCGGUCUUCCCGAGCAGAGCAGAGUGUGUAAUGAUGUCCGCUUUGGGUAAAGAUAAACUGUUUCCUGCACUGAAGAAAAGGGGGAGCGUGUGUUCCCCAAGUAAUCACGAGUUCCGACAGAAGGAAGGCUGUUGGCGCUUCAAACAUUCUGUCAGCACUGUGUCUCACGCCGACGAGCCCAGCCAGCGUGAUGAAACCUCUCGCCUUACGGUUCGGAUGGAAAACACCUACCAGUUAGGUCCCACCAAACAUUUUCCCGCGACCACUGUCAAUCGCAUUUUGGAAGAUGUACUAACCACGUAUCUACAAGGAGCAGAGUAUGAGCCAGAGUUCUGCAGACAGAUGACUAAAACAAUCUCUGAGGUUAUUAAAGCCCGGGUCAAGGAAUUAACGAUUCCCCGGUAUAAACUAAUCGUGACUGUUUACAUCGGACAGCGGGAUGGCCAGAGCAUACAUAUUGGCAGCAGAUGCCUCUGGGAUCCUCAAAACGAUACCGUUUCAUCCUAUACUUUCAAAAAUUCUACUUUCUUUGCACUUGCAAAUGUCUACGCAGUUUACUUUGAGUAACUGAAAAUGAGAGACUUUAAAAUGUCCUGGCAUUUUAAAAUCAUGAAACAGGCUGUGUUUCUAGCCACAAAAG